AUGAACGGGCCGGCAUCCGAGAGUCCAUCCUCCACACGUAGUAAGGAUCAGAUCUCAACGAUACGAAUGGAGUCGCCCGGUUCCGAAUCACCUCGUUCGAUCCGUGAUAACCACAAAGGUAGUGGAAACUUGCGUGGUGGUGGUCUUCAGAAGAUCUACGUCACCCAAAAACCGAGUAUGAAGCGAUACAAAUCAAAAUUGGACCGACGGCUUGGUAUGUGCAUCUUCGGUUGCUUUGUCACCAUCGCAUCUAUUUUAUGCAUCUAUGGAAUGAUGCAUAAAAGUGUACACGACGAACUCACAACAUACGUGAACAGGACACAUCAAAUAGCGAAGGAAUUGAAAAAUGCGAUGGACGAGAACUACCCGAAGGACAACCAAAGCAACAUCGACAAGCAUGGACGGCAGUGGAUGACUGUUGAAGAACUUGAGGACAAUGCAGCCUUGAUCAGAGAGACAAAUUCAACAAUUUGGAGUUUGUUUUGGUGGAAUCUGAUCCUAGCAGUUGCUCUCAUACCAAUUCUCGUUGUGGUACACUGUGACGCGGUGGAGGGAAAUCUUGCAAAACUGAUUUACAGAGGUAUUCUUGUCGGUUGCCUAAUUUUCUGCAUUGCUCAAUUCCUGUACUUAAUUCAUCCGUUACUAUGGGGAGCUGCUAAAUUCCCGGGCAUGGUUGACAGAUUAUUCGUGGAAGCGUACCCUCGCGACGAAUAUCAGAUCAACACUCUCAAGGAGCGAUUCGCUUGCGAGUUCCAAACACACGAACUACUGGUGCAAUUUGAUUUACAGCAACCAUGCAUUCCGAAGAUGAAGAAUUCACUUUUUCCCACCUACACAGUACUGCUGUUGAUAUUCAUCGACAUUCUACCGUUCUUGUAUGCUCUCUUCACUUAUGCGUGGGAUGCUUGGAUCAAGAACAGUAAACUGUUCAGAAAUGCACGAAAAAGAGUAGAGCUCAACAAUUCUAGAAGGGUUCCUUUUCCGAAAAACAACAACUACGAACCGCCACCAAGACUUACACCGAAAACUGCCAACUCAACCACUGUCAAGGAAUUGCCGGGUGAACUCGUUUAA